UAAAAAUGAGAAGGAGAUGAAGUAACCAGAGAAAAAAUUGAACUGGUAACUAAGGGCCAAGGGGUAAGGGGAGACUACACUAAUUCUAGGUCUUCCUCGUCUCCCCCACAAGAAAUGGCGGGAAGCAAUCGCUAAGCUCGGCAACUUUGGGCGGGAAACUCUUACCUUCUUCCACUCCCCCCUAUUUAUCGCCCUUCUACCGCCCUAAAAUCUGACCCUCGCAAAAAGCCAUUCUAUAUCACCAACGCAGCGCCGAGCCCGAUCUGAGAGAGCCAAAGCACCUUCUGAGUCGGAAAUGGUGGGACCAAUGUACGAUUGCCUUGCGAACCCUCUCGGAGCAAUCCGACUGACAUUCGAGAAGGCAGUCGGGUCAGGCUGCGAGCCCUCCGCCUUCGAUGGCAAAGACUGGGGCGCUCUCGACGUCUUUCGCGAGUUCCUGGUGGACCAAGGCAACCUCUCUCAGGUUCCGGUUCUGAAUAGUGAAACUCUGAAGUGGGUUCAGCCCAACACUCUGGUACGCUUUAGGGGAAUGGUACAGGACAUGCUGGGAAAUGAAUUCUACGCUGGUGCUUACAAGGAUGGUUCUGGUUGGAGAACUAACAAAUUUGGGGAUGACUCUCAGCAACCUAUUGAUUCCUCACCCGAUGUGAGGGUUUGGGAGCGACGAUUGUUGUAUUGUGUUCCGGUUCCUGGGCUUAAUACAUGGGCUGAGAGCGAGGCUGCUUCUGAGGCUACUGUUACUUCCAUGGAUUUGACAUCACAACAAAGAGAUAAACGUCAGAGAAUGGAUGCUGAAUCAAUGGAUUAUGAGGUCUGCCCAGGCUCUAAUAUUGUGCUUGAAGAUUCACCUAGUGCAAAAAGGAUGAGAGAGGAUGGACAUCCUUCCCUUUCUGUGCAGCUUUCCGACCUUAAACCUGAAGGGCCAUGUUCUAGCACGAUGAUGAGACCAGAAGUUGGAGACUCUCCUUCUUGCCUUGUGAAGGUCUAUGAUACUCGGGAGUCCGAACUCAAGCUGAAUGAUAUUUUUGAAUUUGUUGGUGUCUUCACUAUUGAAUCAGAGCCUGUACCUGCUGAUGAUGGUGAUGACAUCGACCUAACCACUGGCUUUCGCAAUGAUUUGGUCCAUUUGCAAGCCAACAAGGUGCCAUGCCUUCACUGCAUUGUCCACCGGAAACUUGCAGUUUCUGAUUUUCUGAGGUCUUCACCCAUCAUAGAGCAAAGUAAACAUGUAGUCAUGAAUACAAGGGAAUCUCUGCUAAGGCAUCUUACAAUGCUUUUAGGCAAUGAUGGUGUGGCAGCAAAUUACAUGUUGUUGCAUCUUUUGUCCAAGAUACAUGCCCGAGUUGACAAUGUUGCAGUCGGGAAACUUUCAUUGAAUCUCACAUGUUUGAGCAAAGAAGCACUGUCUGUAUUUGGGGUGCAGCUAUGUAAUGCUCUGAGGAACCUGCUUCCAUUCACAGAUUCCAUACCCUUGACUGUGAACUAUCUUAAUACAGCUUGUCUUGGCCCCAAAAAGGAUUAUCAAAGGAACCGAUUAAUAGGGGGGACCCUUCAGCUAGCUGAGGGCUCACACUUGACAAUUGAUGAGACACAGCUGGAAACUGGAACUCUCAACUCUGUUGGGAUUGAGAAUGCGAGGCUGCUAAAAGAUCUAGUGGAGCUACAGAAGGUGGAGUAUGAUUUCACAUACUACAAGAUGGAGAUGGCGGCUGAUGUGCAACUGCUGGUAUUGUCGGAGGGCAAGUCCAACAUAUUGCCAGCCGAUAUUGUUCUGCCUGUGCGGCCUUCUGAUGUGUCUCGCCCGGAAGUAGUGAGCGCAGAAGCUCUGGGAGCUUGGAGAUGGUACUUGGCCACCAUGAGGACAUUGUCACAUACCAUAGAGUCAGAGAUCCAAGAGGUGGUAGAAAAGGAUCUAGUUGCUGCAAGGCAAGCCGAUCGAAGAAUUGGCAGCAAAGAGUUUAGCAGUCUGCUGACAAUGGGGAGGCUUAUGUCCUUGAGUUUCGGGGAGACAACGCUCUCACUGGAGCACUGGGAAAUGGUGAAGGAGCUGGAGAAGUUAAGAAAGGAGAGGAUCAACUGAAUGCUCCGAUUCCCAUCCUUUGUAUUAUUCAGUUAUAUGAUAUGGCUGUUGGUGGACUGGUUGGUGAGAACUGAGAAGGUGUGUAAAUAACUGGAGAUACUUGCUCCGUAGAUUAUCUCUCAAACGUACGUAGAUCGAACCAAAUUAAUUAUGCUACGUUCAGUCUGUGCGUCUCGCAGAGUCUCGUUCAAGCUUAUAACUGCCAAAUUCACGAUUUUGGUUUUCUCGAUAGCGGAAAUAAUGCUGACGAGGCCUAUCUGAAGUUAUGAGAACAGCGCAUUCCUUAUCUAAAGUUAUGCCA